AUGGCGGCAGAAGGAGAGGACCGAAAGGGCGCCUACGGCGGAAGACAAAGCACCUCGACGCGAAACCCCCACACUGCCAGGAAGGCAUUGGAUGCCAAGGCGCUGUCGAAGCUGAGCACAGAGGAUCGCGUCCUUGCACAGUGGCGUGCAUCCUGUGGCUGUCCCAUCUCCGACGAGGCGAAGGCCCAGUUCCGCAUCCAGUGCCUGGAGAAGACCUUCGACUUGGCGGACGUUCGGUUGUGGCAGUUGCACCAUGCUCCGGGAAAGUCCGGCCAGGCCACGAUUUAUCUGGAAUUCUUCUUCGACGGCUCGCCGGACGAGAUCCGGGAUCAGGAAGAG